AUGCAAAGUAAUGAAUUAAUACGUUUUCAGGGUUUCCCUGAUUUUAGACCACCUGAAAAUGUUCUUGAAGCUCUAAGCAAUGCUGCCAUCGGAAACAAUCACAUGAUUAAUCACUACACACGAGCUUAUGGGCAUCCGCGCCUUGUCGACGCUCUUGCUAAACUCUACAGUAUAACCAUGGGAAGAGAAAUAAACGCCAUGACCAACAUAAACGUCACCGUUGGAGCAUUUGAAGCAUUAUACUGUACCUUCAUGGGACUAAUUAAUCCCGGAGACGAGGUUAUACUGAUUGAACCAUUUUAUGAACCCUAUAAAGAAAUGCUACGAUUAGCAGGUGUAGUGCCUGUCUAUAUACCACUGAGAAUGACAAAUACAUGCAAAAGUGUGACGAGCAGCGAAGACUGGACAUUUGACCCCAGUCAAAUGAGAGAAGCCUUCAAUAGUAAGACAAAGGCUAUAGUGGUAAACAACCCAUCGAAUCCACUUGGGAAGGUGUUUACAUUUGAUGAGCUGAACCUGAUAUCUGAGUUGUGUAAUGAAUAUGAUGUUAUGUGUAUUGCUGAUGAAGUCUAUGAAUGGUUAAUAUAUGAUGGGAAAAAGCAUAUCAGAAUUGCGACCUUACCUGGUAUGUGGGAUAGAACAGUUACAAUAGGCAGUGCUGGGAAGACGUUUAGUGUCACUGGUUGGAAAGUUGGUUGGGCUGUAGGUCCUGUAAACCUUAUCCAGGGUAUUAAGACUAUCCAUGAUUCAGUUCUAAGAACUAAUCCUACUCCAACUCAGGAAGCUAUUGCUGUAUCCUUAGAAACAGAAUUAUCCCGCAUUGGUUCGUCAGAAUGUUAUUUUAGCUCCCUCCCACGGGAUAUGGAAAUAAAGCGUGAUCUCCUGUGUGAAUACCUCAGUGAGGCAGGAAUUACUGUAGUAGUGCCUGAAGGUGGCUAUUUUAUUGUAGCAGAUAUAUCAAAGCUCGAUACCAAUGGUUGUGUGACAAGAGAUGAAGAUGGCCAGGCAUACGAUUACAAAUUUGUCAAAUGGGCAAUACACAAAAAGAAAUUCUGUGCCAUGCCAGUCUCCAUAUGUUACAGCCAAGAACAUAAAUAUCUAGGAGAAAAGUAUGUGAGGAUCUGCUUUGUCAAGACGGAUGAAACGCUAAAUAAAGCUAAAGACAUCCUUCAAAACUGGAACAUUACAGGACUAGAUAAUACAGAACAAACAAAUGACCAGAAACAUGAAAAACUUAAGCUUCCAAAUGGAACUAUUUAAUGAAGUGGCAUAUAUUAAAGUUUUAUUGUUUUACAAGGAAUAUAUAUAUAUACAAUUUAUAUUUUAUUCAUAGAGUAAGGUGUCUGAAAAAGAGGUUAGACCAAGAUAGAUACAAUGUUGUAAAGAUUUAUAUACUUUAUUUAUUAUUUUUUUGUUUGAUUGCAUUUCUUUUGUUUUCGUUUUAAUGCAAUCAAAAGUUGGAGGUAGCUUUUGUAUAUAACAGUUGUAAAGGACCCACUUGAAACAAUACUAAUUUCAUGCAAGGAAAUUAAUACUGUUGUCAUAUUCUCUUUGUAUUUAUUGUGCUUUAUAAAUCAUUGAACUGUCACAAAUGUUUAUUUUUAAGUUGUUUACAUGUGUACCAAUAGUUGA